CCUCUCUGGCCUGCUUUUUGCCAGAGCCCUUGAGACUGGCUGAGGACUGGUUGCCAUAGAGAUGGUGGGGAGGGCAGUUCCAAGGCUGGCAGAUGGGGGUGGGGGACGGGGCAGGACACCAAUAUGCGAAACACCCACCAACAGCUGAGCAGGAGUACUUCGGGGAGACCAGGGCGGGACACGCGGCUCCAGGCUCCAGGGACCACCAUCGGGCUGCUCAAGUUUCUGUCAGACAUCCCCCAAGCCGAGCAGGGAAGGACUGGGAGUGGCGAAGGUGGGAUUCUGGGCCAGCAGCCGAGGUCUCGGAGUGCAGGGCAGACGGCAAAGAAGGACCGGAGGCCCCAGGCCCGGAACAGAAAAGGGCACGGCUCUGCCGAGGCUGAAGAUCUCAUCCCCUCUUCGUCUCGGAAACCCUCCUUCCCCUUCCAGUGGGCCUGGGAGAGAUUCACCACUGAUGGCCGGGCUCUGCAUCAACCCAGCUCCUUCUCGGCCCCCGGCUACCAAGCCCUGCCCCUGCCCCGAGCAGUCCUCAAGUACAAGGCCAGGUGCGAGUCCACAGCCACCCUCCCAGAGGCCCAUGGCUUCUGCGGGAAGUCAGAGGUGCCAAACCUGGAAAGGAGCCAGCAGCUCAGGGCCUGGGGCUGCAUUCCCAUCUCUCCUGGCAAAGGGGAGAGCCCAGAACUGGAGGCACUCGGUGAGUGUGACCUCCAGCCACCUGGGAAGAGGUCAGGAUCAGGAUCCGAGUCUGAGGAAGGCACUGAGCUGGAAGCCCUGGGUGCUGAGGAGGCGGGGAGGGGCAUGAGCCCUGGGGAACUGCCCCACCUCCUCAGGACCGGGUCGAUCUUCGAAGAGGAGCAGUUUGCAGAGGUGACAGAGGAGGGGGAGCACAGGGCCCCCCAUAGAAGGGGGGCUGGCUCUCAAAGAAAGGGGCAGAAUGUUGGCAAGGAGGCCUCCAAUGAGGGUGACCUGCGGUGCAAGGGGAACAGCUCCAGCUCCAACCUCAGAAGAUCACAGAGGAGGAAGUCCAGGGCCAAGGAGCUGGAGGGACCAUGGGACCUGGAGAAGCUGCAGUGGCAGUUACGGCAAGACUUGCACUGUGGCCCUGAAAAGCAACCCUGGAAGGCUUUGCAGUCUGCUGUCCAGGCCUCCAAUCGGAGUGGGAAGUCCUAUGCCUUGGGAGAUGAAGAGAAUUUUCUGUUUGCCAACUUUCCUAACCGUACCUUCCACAAACGACAGGAGGCCACGAGAAGCCUGCUGCAGGCCUGGGAGCGGCAGCAGCAGGAGGAACGGCAGCAGGCCGAGUUGCGCAGGGCCCGGGAGCAACGGGUCCAGCAGCAGGUGGCUCGAUGCCUGGCGGCCUACACACCCAGAGGGACCCAGGGGCCGGGGGCCGCCCAGCGCAAGCUGGAGGAGCUGAGGCGCCAGGAGCGGCAGCGCUUUGCUCAGUAUCAGGCGGAGCUGCAGGGCAUCCAGCACAGGGUGCAGGCCCGGCCCUACCUGUUCCAGCAGGCCAUGCAGGUCAAUGCCCGGCUCACAGUGGCCCGGCGCUUCUCCCAGGUGCUGUCAGCACUGGGACUGGAUGAGGAGCAGCUGCUGGCUGAGGCUGGAAAGAGGGACGCGGAGGGUUCCUCCAGGAAACCCAGGAGCCACAAGUCAAUGGGGGUGAGAAUGGAGCACUCUUCUGAGAGCCCCCCAAAGACAGAACGCACUGGAAGCCAGCCUGACAGGCACUCCGCUCCAAGCCCAAACCAAGAGUCCAGCCCCUAA